AUGAGUGCCGUGGACACCCUGCUGCAGCGGCUGCGGGGGCGGGCCACGGGGCCCCAACCUUGUGCCGAUGCCGGACCGCGCUUCCUGGUCACCAAGCAGUCCUGGCGGGGCCAGUACCACCGGGUGCUGUGCAUCACGCCCGCGGCGCUCAUCACACACUACCCCGAGACGGGGGACACCACGAACGUGUGGAGCCUGGCGGGGGAUGCGGAUAUCGUGGGCCUGGAAGUGGGGCCCGACUCCCCCGAGGGCGGCCUCUUCACCCUGCGCAUGGCGCCCCGAAAGGGAAAGGACGUGAAGCUGGCGUGCAGAGCGCGCACCGCGCUGCUGACCGUGCUGUACCAGAGCCUGGCGACCCUGCAAGUCCCCAUCCCACCGGCCCUGCUCAGCCCCCCCACCCUGUACCCCACGUGGAAGCUGCGGCGCGGGGUCUGGGUCCCCGCCACGCUGCGAAUCUCCAGCUGGUGCGUGGAGCGGCUUGACCCCGCCACGGGGUCCGUGCGCUGGCGCCUGGAGUACGCCAACGCGGCGACGCCGGCGGCGCUACUGGAGCGGCGCGCGGGCGAUUACGAGCUGGCGGGGUGGCGCCCGCUGGCGCGCCUGGCGGCGGCGGUACGCUACGCCGACGACCCGCAGUGGCUGGGCCUGGAGUGGGGCGACGGCGCACCGGCCUGCGCCUACGUGACCCCGGCGCGCGACGCGCUGCUGGCGGCCAUCGUGGACGUGGCCUCCCGCGCGGCGGGGCGCCCCAUCCCAGUCCUGGCGCGUCCCACCGCGCCCGGGGACGCGCUGGUGGCGGCGCGCGGGCAGGCGGCACGAGUCCCGGCCCUGCGCCCCAACGCUGAGGUGGAGCGCAUCGUCCUCGGCCAGCUGACGGCGGGAGGGAGCAGAGAGGGGGGGUGCUUUUGGGGGCAAGAAGCUGCGAGGCAGUUUGCGGCCUGUGGGGCGCUGUCCUCCUCGUCCGCCACCCUGGCCCUGGCGGGGCUGUCCAGCCAGGCAGGCCUGACCGGGCGCGGGGUUGAGGCCGGUGGGGGCGGCGCUGGAGUGGGCCUGAAGAACUCGGGUCCCGGUGCGCCGGGCGGGGGGCAGGGCGCCCAGGACCCCGAGGCCGUCAUCGCGGCCUUCCAGCAGCGCGUGCGGGAGCUCAACGCCUGCGUCCCGGCCAGCGGCGUGCAUGCAGGCUCCAAGGCGGACGAUGCGGUGGUGGCGGCGCUGGUGGCGCACCUGCCACGUCAGCAGGCCGCCCCCGUCCCGUUGGGCCUGGACGAGGCCACGCUGGCCAUUGAGGCGCUGCAGUGCCUGGACCGCCUGGCCUCCAACCUGGUGGUGGGGGCGCAGGUGGUCGGCGCGGCAGGUGGCGCCAGCCGCCUCUUCGCCUGCAUGCUGGCGGGCAACGCGCACCUGGCUUACGAGGCCGGCGAGGAGGUGGCGGCCGCGCGCGCGGCCAAGGCUGUGGUCUUCAUCUCCGACUCGCGCUGCGACGCGCUGGUUGCCCCGCUGGCGGCGGGCGAGGCUGCCUCGCCCCUCCUCGUCCUGGGCCUGGUGGAGGCGGUGGCCGCCGUGGUUUGCGAGCCCGGGUCGCGCUCCACCGAGCAGGCCACGCUGACCGCCAUGCUCCAGGCAGGAGCCACGUGCCCCCCCCAUCCCCUUGCACACCGCUCGCAGUCGCUGGCGUCGCUGGGGCGCCCCCUGUUCUGCCUGUUUGGGCACGCCGCGCCUCGCGUCGCCGAAGCGGCCGCGCUGACCCAGCGCGCCGUGGCCGAGGGCGGGGCGGGCGCGGCCGCGCCCAUGCGCGCCGCCGCGCUCUCCGACGGCGCGCUGCUGCACCACAUGCUGGGCGCGCUGGGCCCGGCCCGCGCCUCGCGCACUCGCCUGUCCCGCGAGCUGGUGGCCCUGUGGUGCGACGAGUACGCGCCGGCGCUGGGCCUGCUGCGCCGCGCUUUCCCGCCAGGCCUGGCGGCCGCAGCGCGGCCGGAGGUCCAGCCGCCGCAACCCACGAGCACCACGCCGCCGGAGUACCCGUCGCCGCCCUCGCGCCGCGCCCUGGCGUCGCAGCUCAAGCAGCGUCCUGGCACCCUGCGUGGAAACUGGGAGGCCUUCUGGUUGAACGUGGACAGGGACCACGCCCAUGCCGGGCUGAUCUGGAACGCCGCCACGCGCACAGAGCUGAGGGAGGCCCUUCAGGCCGAGGUUUCUGUGCUCAAGCUGGGCAAGGCCCGGGCUGGGAACCGGGGGAUCAGCUGGAACCACGAGGAGUUCCGUGCGCGCCUGCCCUCGCUGCAGCGCCAGCUCAGCAUUGGCGGCGUGUACGUCCGCCUCCUCCUGGACGGCGCCGACUCGGGCGCCGUCGAGAAACUGGCUGCACCCCGGGACUUCUUCCUGGCUGCCUACCACCACUUCCUGUGCCUGGGAGAUGCCGAUCGCAUCGUCUGCGUGCGGGCCAUGGCCGCCGCCUAUGCCGUGCAUGCCGGCGCGGUCGGCCCCUUUGACGGCGUGGAGCAUGUGGCCCGUGCCGCGGACGCCACCGCCUCCAAGGCCCUGCGCGCCGCCUGCCUGGCCUUCCUGGCCACGCUGGUCGCGCCGGCGGCGGGCGUGGGCGAGGACGGCACAGGCGCCGCACGCCAGGCGGCCACCGCCAACGCCGACGCGCUGCUGAGGGCAGGCGGGGUGGGCCUACUGGUCGACGCCCUCGUCGCCGGGCAUGAGGACGGCGGCGGCGGCGGCGGGGUGGCAGCCCUGCACGGCAACCUCAUCGCGUCCACCUCGGCGACGCAACCGCUGCGCUUGUGGAGGGUGCACCUGCCUGAUGGCCCGGAGAGCACGCUGGGCGCGCUGAGCGCGCUGCGGCCUGCGCUGGAUGCCGCGGGCGAGCGCGUGGUUCCCGCGCCCGCCGCGCUGCGCGCGCUGGGCUCUGGCGAGACGCUGCCGCACCUGGCGCAGGCCCUGCUGACCAACGACCCGGCCCUGGUGUCGGGCGCGUGCACGCUCAUGCUGCGCACGCUGUGUCAUGACGAGGCGGCGCUGGGCCAGCUGUACCGCACGGGGGCCUUCUUCUUCGCCCUUGCCUACUGCGGCAGCAACCAGCUGGAGGCCGCCCACCUGCUCAAGCUGGCCCAUCUGGCCCAGCACAGCAAGGGCGUGGGCUUCGGCGGCCCCGUCCAGUCCCUGGCGCAGCGCAGCUUCCUGGGCGGCUUGAUCCCGGACUCCCUGAUCUACUGCCUUGAGGAACGGGGCCCCGAGGCCUUUGCGGCCGCGCUGGUCGAGGACAACGACACGCCGGAACUGAUCUGGACGCACGCCAUGCGCCUGCAGCGCCUGGUCCCACAGGCGAGGGGAAAGGCGAUGGAUCAGAGAAUGCUGCGUCACCUGGGGGACUUCCCCGCCCGGCUGCGGGAGCAUGGGCAUUCGCUGUACGAGUACACCCCCUGCCCGCCCGUGGGCUACCCAGAGAUCGAGGGGGAGCUGUGGUGCCACAGGUACUAUCUGCGCCACCUGGUCGAUGAGGUCAGGUUCCCUGACUGGCAGAUCACGGAUGCCGUGCCGUUCCUUCAGUCCCUGCUGGAUGCCUGGCGCGUGGAGCUGGCCCGGCAGCCGCUCAGCAUGACGGAGUCGGAUGCUUGCGCCGUGCUGCAGGUGCAGCCCGACGGUACCGGGCACGUGCCCGAGGACUCGCUCAAGGCCGCCUACCGCCGGCUGGCGCGAGCCUUCCACCCCGACAAGAACCCAGAUGGUCGUGACCGCUUUGAGGCCGCGCAGUGCCUGGUGUUCCGACGCUGCACUGCGGAGCUAGCGCCCUACAAGUACGCGGGCUACGCGCUGCUGCUGCGGGCCUUGACACCGCCCGACCCCGGGGCCGAUGCCUCUGAGGCCCAGCAGCUGCUGGGCGGCGAGGCGCUGCCCCUGGUCCGCGCCGCGGCCGAGCUGGCGUGGCUGACCUGCGCCGCCUCGGGCCCAAACGCGGAGGAGCUGUGUCGCAGCGGCGGCCUGGAGGCGCUGGGCGCGCUGUUUGAGCGCUGCGUGGCCGUGACACACGCCGACGCGUCGCCCGUGCGCCCGGAGGCGGUGUGGAGCGCCGAGAUGCGCGCCGAGCUGGAGACGGCGCUGGAAGGCAUGCGCGCCGGCGAGGGGGGCGGGGAUGCCUUCGACCCCGGCGGCGCGCCCGACGACCCAGGCGCCAGCCUGGGGCCGCAGGUCGCGGCCGCCGCGGGGCACACCUACGCUGCGCUGGACCGCCAGCUGCUGGUGGCGGGGGUGUUUGUGCGCGUGUACGUCGCGGCGCCGGGGUCGCGCGUCUCCGACCCCGCCGCCCUCUGCCGUGGCCUGGUCACGCACCUGGCGCGCGCCGACCUGGGUCAAAUGGCAGAGGACGCGCUGCUGUGCCUGCGUGCGCUGCGCCAGCUGCUGGAAGGCGCGGCGCGCCUGCUGGGCGUGCUGUCCACGCGCGCCGCGGUGGAGCCGCUCCUGCGCUGCCUGGCGUUUGGGGUGGACGCCGGGGUCGAAGGGGAGGGGCAUGCCAGGGGGAGCCCCGGGCGCGAGCAUCGGCGCGCCCUCCGGCCCGCCGCCGCCCUGGCGGAGGCGGCACUGGGCGUGCUGGCCACGCUGGCCUCGCACGCGGGCUGCGUGGACGCGCUGGCCUCGGACCGAGCGACGCAGCUGGCGCUGUGGGCCGCGGCCGCGCCGCCCACGCCGGCCUGCCGAGACACCGCGCUGCGCGUGCUGGGCGCACUGGCCAGCGCGCCCGUCGCGGCGUGGGCGGCCGCCACGCGCGGCGGCGCCCUCUUCCUGCUCUCCAUCGUCCUGGAUGGCGGCGCGGAGGCGGGCAAACGCCGCAGCGCCGCCGCGCUGCUGGCCGCGUUCUCCACUCAGCCCACGCACGGCGCUCGAGUGCGGCUGCUGCUGGGCCGCCUGCUCCCUCAGGCCAUCCUCGCCAGCCUGCUGGGUGACCCCGCCGAGCAGGCCCUGGCGACGCUGGAGUCCAGCUGCGAGACCCCCGCCUGCAUCUGGAACCCGGCCAUGCUGGCGAGCGCGAGGAGCGAGGUGGGGCACCUGGUCCGCGCUGCGCGGCGUGCGCAGGCGUUGACGGGGACGCUCGACUGGGCGCCCGAGGAGGGCUAUGCCGUCGGCUACCCCGGGUUGGAGGAUGAGGUGUUUAUCGGCGGUGUCUACGUGCGCCUGUACCUCAAGGAUCCGCAGUACCCGCUCAGGUGCGUGCGGCGCUGGGGCGCCGUGGACAAACUGGCGCGCGCCCUGGACGCGCGUACGCCCGCCCUGGGCGCCCGGCCCGACCUCUUUGCGUUCGACCCCGUGAGAGGCGCGGACGCCGUCUCCGGCGCCAUCCUCCGCCUCCUCCACAGGCUGGUCGCGGGCACGGCCGGGGCGGAGGCCCUGGCGCGGACCCCGGUCCCGGCCUUGCCCCUCCUGCUGAGCGCGCUAGGCGGCGGGGUGGAGGGCCAGGUCCUGGCUCUCGAGACCCUGCUGCGCGCGCUGAGCCCCUCCUCGCGCUCCCGCGACUCCCUGGUGGGGGCAGCCCUGGCACGCGAUCUGCCCCAGACCCUGCUGGCACGCCUGGGGGAGGCACCCCAGCCCGCAGACCAGGACGCGCAAGUGGCUCGCGUGGUGAUCAUCGACGUCCUGCAUGCCCUGGCGAGGCCGGGGCAGCAUGAGGCGACAGUGGCGGCCGUGCUGGAUGCAUCCGCGACGCUGCACACACUACAACGAAGGAGAGUCCAGAACGAGCUCAAGACUCUGCGCCGAGUACCAGCGAUCCUGUGCCGUCACUGA